AUGAAUGCUGGAUUCCAAGCAGUGGGUGGGGAAGGAGAAAGCGGCGUGAAACUGUUCAGAUACAAGUACACCACAGGCUGGAACGCGGAGAACAACCGCACGACCUUGUCAUGCCCGAGAAAUACUGGGGCUAUCAAGGUUGUCGGCUUUUCGCCUCACCGUAGCGAUAUCCUGUAUGGUCCUAUGGCCUUUGCUUUGUCGACAGGAAACCGAUUAUAUUGCUGGAAUGUGGGUCGAAGCUCGUGGCCUCGGUCGCCCACUCGUCUGGGCCCGAGUUGGUACGUCGACUGCAACUCUAGUGGUAGCGGAGGCGCUUUGCGCGAUGAGAUUACAAACGCGGCGUUCGUAAUAUCUCCAAUCGGCAAACCUCACAUACUCUGCACAGUAAAUCAUAGACCAGGAUCGCAUCUUCCCCCGACUUUCAUCGUGCCAGUCGACACCCUCGAAUAUAAUCCACAAAGCCUUCGCCAGCAAAUGAAUCCAAUACCAGACAGUGUGGUUGGGUCAAGCGUUCUCGCGGGUACCGCAUCUCGUAAUGGCCGGUUCUUGAUCGUUCUAGAAGAGAAUGGGCACAACGACUACAACAUGAAAUUGUUGACCAUUCGCGGGGCGCACACGGGCGGUUUGACUUGCUCCGCUACUGGCAUGCUAUCAUGGGCGGUCAGGCUGCGGGUCACCAACACUCUCGCUACCAAAGUCUCGAUCUUCAUCCAAGAGCAGAAUGCCGCACUCGAAAUCAUCGCAAUAGAUGGACAAGGACAUAUCGUACAUUCAAGGAUCAGCGUACCGGAGAUGCUGCAAGACCAGCCGCGACCUCUUCCACCACUCAUACAUGAGGCGCCUUAUGAACUUGCAGUCCCCGAUUGA